GAUUAAAACUAUUUGGUUUCCAGUUUUUAACCCAUCAUGUGUUUGGGUUUCUUCUCCCCAGUACCUGGCUCUCCCUGUGGUGCCCCAAAUGUCAGCAUGGUGGCAUCUGGCAGGACGUGUUCCAGGAAGGCCACAGAGAUGAACUUUCCAGAUACCAUCGAGAAUUCCUACUCCCAGCAGGAAGAGACCAAACGGAAUAUCAGAGCCAGCAAAAAUAGACUUCUUAUGAGCCAGAUGGCCUACUUCCUGAACUACCAGCUAAAGACAUACAAAGAUUGAAAAGAUCACGAUGAAGAACAGAAAUGCAGAGACAGCAAAAAUAAACUUCUUAUGAGUCAAGUGGCCUACUACCUGGGCUGCCGGCUGAAGACGGAAGUCCCUGGCUUUUUGUGUUCUGCCCCAAAUGUCAGCAUAGUGGCAUCUGACAGGCCUUCUUCCAGAACAAACGCAGAGGUGAACAUUCCAGAAGGCAUUCAGAAAUCCUGCUCCCAGCAGGAAGAAAACAAACCGACUCUCGGAGCCAGCAGAAAUAGACUUCUUAUGAGCCAAGGGGCCUACUUCCUGAACUACCGGCUGAAGACAUACAAAGAUCGAAAAGAUCACAAUGAAGAACAGAAAUGCAGAGACAGCAAAAAUAAACUUCUUAUGAGUGAAGUGGCCUACUACCGGGGCUGCCGGCUGAAGACGGAAGUCCCUGGCUUUCUGUGUUCUACCCCAAACAUCAGCAAGGUGGCAUCUUACAGGACUCUUUCCAGAAAAAACACAGAGUUGAACGUUCCAGAAGGCAUUGAGAAAUCCUGCUCCGAACAGGAAAAUAACAAACCGAAUAUUGCAGUCAGUAAAAAUAGACUUCUUAUGAGUCCAGUGGACUACUCCCUGAACUAUCGGCUGAAGACAUACAGUAAGUCCUAUAGGUUGACCACCAUGAAAGUGAUGAAUGAUGUCCUGUCUUGUCUUGAGAAACUAACUGCUCUCUUCAUCAAAAUUAAUUUCAUCCUUCCCAUACUUGUAGAAAAUAGCAGUGGGUAUUUUAACAUUUAGUUAAAAUGGAAGACAGAUGCCAAAAUAUUUAGCAACAUUUCCACAUCUGCAGUAAGGUGGGUGU